UUCCGGAGCGGUACUUCGUCGCGUGACGCCGCAGCGUUCGCAUCGAUCUGGAGCGGACGGCGCGGACCGUACAUACAUAGGCGGACCGUAAGGGCGGAUAGAGAGGCGCACGGCCGAAAAUCAAUCCCGGCGCGUGUUCGGGUUCUCGCGCGCCCGCGGCGAGGAGAGAAACGGAUCCGGCGAAGGGGGCUGUCUCCCCACGGACUGUCUCUGCCGACGACGUAGACGGAGAAGACGAGGGACGGAUCGGCAGCGAUGCUGAAGAAACUCCUCGGCAAGUCCGGCCGCAGGAUCCUGCGGGCGAUCAAGAAGCUGUCCACCAGGAGCCGCAAGGCCAAAAGGUCGCGCGAUCCCAGUUCCUGGCACACGGCCAUCCCGGACCUCGAGACGACCUCGCUCUCGUGGUCCCUGCCGUCCCUGGACGCCAAGAGCAUCGACACGUACAUGACGUACGUGGGCGAGAACCAGGAUGACUGCACGUCCAACUGUUGCUGCUGCGACGAGUAUAACGAGGAGAACCAGAGGAACGAGAACAGGGAGAACGAGAUGAUAAUCUAACGUCCUCCGUGCCGCUAGGCGCACCUUCACCCCUCCGGCUCGUUUGUCUCGCGAUCGAAUUCGCUGGCGAUCAUCCCCGAGAGGGUGGUGAUGAGAGUCGCACGCGCGCCGCUUCAAUAUUUAACCCUUAACUGGUGAGUACGAGUACUCUCGGCCGACAUUUCCUUUUUUUUUCAAAGAGAACUCUUUCGCUUCCGUGACUGCAAACCGCCACGGCUGAUGCCAAUGGCUGUACCAAAGAGAAAUAUAUUUAUCGGGGACACGAAACCGGUUAAGGGUUAAUAACGAUCCCUCCGUGAUCCGUUCCACACACACACACACGUGCGUGCGUACGCGUACAUAUACGAGCGCUUAUUACGCGCUCCCUUAUUUUUCGAUAGUCACGACGUCGUAUGUCGAAAAGAUACUCUGCGGCUGGACCUCGGACUAUAUAUUAUAACCGUAUCUCGAUUCUCUCGGCGUGUCAUCGAGAGAUAAGGACGCGGAAGAGAGAGAGAUGACGUUUUUGUUUCCAGUUAGUCUUCCAAUUCUAGAUUUAUUUUCUAUUACAUCGCCAAUAUUUCCCUGUAUUUUCCAGCGCGAGCCCCGCGUCGGCUCGUGCUCUCUUCGAUCUCAUUUAACGAUAUUAAUUCCAUAAGAUAUAGAAGAUAGACGUAUCGUACUUAUAUUUAUUACCGUGAUAAAUUAACCGCGUUUACGAGCGCGGUCGCUGUAUCGAUAAUUUAAGUUGGUCCGAUUGACGACCUAAUUUCGACGCGUCCGACAGUGGAUCUUUCUCUCCUUUUUUUUUUCUUUCCAACGUCGCGCAAGUAGGGAAAGGUACGCCUCGCGCGUCAUCGUCUCUUUCGACAUAGAGAAUAGCAAUAUGUGACGUAGUACAAAAUAAUAUACAUAUAUAUAUCGCCUAGCGUGUUUAUCGACGAUCGCUCGCGCGCGGAAAUGACGCCCCGAAAUAUGUACUAUUAGGAUUUUUUCAUCCGUCAUCCGCGAGAUUUUAUCAUAUCGGGUCUAACUCGGGUGGAUCACUAUUUCGCAAUAUACUGUUUUCGGUGUCACGAACCGGAUUUUUUUUUUAGGUAAUCAAUUACUUCUUCUCGCGGCUCGCAACCGAGUUCGUGCAUGUCCCAGACAUGUCCGCGGCGGGACCUUAAUUACUGUUCGGGUAAAUUUAUAAUCUCUAACUGGUAUAAACCCCGAAAAGAUUUCAGGGGGACGUUAGACUAGCGAUUAAAGUAACAAUUAUAAAAUUUAGGAUAACGAAAUAAAUUGAAAACUAUUCACUUCUUCACUUAACUGUGCACUGACGCAUUGUCUUUCUGUGGCACACUCGAUUGUAUACGUAUAUCGACGAAUCAAAAUGUAAAAAAUUUGAUCGAUCAAUCACGAGUAGGACACGUCGAUUAUGCUCCCGCUAUUUAUCGGGGAUAUCAGAAUUUCUAAGGGAAAAAUUCGAAUUUUUAAACUCGAUGUCGUCGUCACUUUUACGCUGUAUUAUCGUCCUAGGUAUAUGUACUCAAUAUUUCGCGCGGUCAAGGUGCAUCCGUUAGAUUAUAGUUAGCCGAUACAACCAACCUUCGAUACAAACAAACUUACCGGAUUUUAAUUCCAAAAGAAGAGCAUUUGUAUAUCUACAAGCCACUUCUAUUAUUUCGAAAACCGAUUUACAAACGAGCGUAUCUUUUGUAAGAUUUAUUUCGAAUUUGUCUUUUUGCCAAGUUCGAGUAUCGAGGGUAUACUUAUGCAAUAAGUCGCACCGGCCUGAUCACUCGAACCGCGAGUUCUUCUAUUUCCGAUCGUUUCCGGCACCUUUGCUCAAAGCGCGCAAAGUCAAUCUUCACUAAAAAGUAGCGAGAAUCGUUUUCAUUCUUCCUAUACGGGUCGAUUUGUAAGAAAGAGAAGAAGAAGAAGAAGAAGAAAAAGAAGAAGAGCUUUAAUGACUUAUAUCUAUGUAUAGAUGCAGAAUUUAUAUAUAAAUAUAUAAAAAUAUAUAUAAGUAAAAAGACGAACCUACAAAUAUGAAUGUGUAAUAUGGAUGAUGCGUGUUGAUAUACUUUAUCGUCUCGAUAAGGCUGUGACUUUGUAAAGCGGAUGUGAGUGUCGUAAAUAAAAUGGUUUUAUUGACGAA